GUCUUGAGCAAAUUAAAUCAAUCAAUCAGAAGUUUGGUUCUUGCCUGUUAGUUGGAGGUGUGCAAAGUUCUUGUUAUGGAUAAAUUACGUUUUAAAUUAAGAUUUUCAUUGCUUGGACAUUCUUCGGAUGUCCGUGCAGUUGCCGCAAGCUAUUAUCCAGAGGGUUCAGUUGUUACAGGGUCAAGAGAUCGUACUACAAGACUUUGGGCACCAAAUGAAAAUGACCCAGGGUUUACUGAGGUACACUGCAUGUCUGGACCAACUAACUUUGUAUCCUGCAUCUGCACUCUUCCACCCAGUGAUCAGCAUCCUUUUGGGUUCAUCCUUGUUGGGAGCAAUGACUGUUCUAUUUAUUGUUUUAGUUUGGACUCUCCAGAACCUAUCUACAAAUUACUAGGACACAGUGGGACAGUUUGUGCUUUGGCUGCUGGAAAGUUUGGUACUAUAGUAAGUGGCUCAUGGGAUAAGACUGCAAGAGUCUGGCUGGGACAGAAGUGUAUGAUGACGUUAGAGGGACAUCAGGCAGCAGUUUGGGCUGUCCAGGUUCUUCCUGAACAAGGUUUGAUUUUGACUGGUUCUGCAGACAAAACUGUACGCAUGUGGAGAGCUGGAAAAUGUGAAAAAGUUUUUAGUGGACAUGAAGAUUGUGUGCGAGGAUUAGCAGCAUUUUCCCCUUUAGAAUUUUUGUCAUGUUCCAAUGAUGCUACCAUAAGACAUUGGCGAAUAACAGGAGAAUGCCUGAAGGUGUACUAUGGUCAUAGUAAUUACAUCUAUAGCAUUUCUGUGCUGCCAGACGCUGAUGGAUUUGUUUCUUGUGGAGAGGACAGAACAGUACGUGUAUGGUCUAAUGGAGAAUGUGUGCAAACUUUAGCCAUACCUGCUCAGUCUGCAUGGUCCGUCACUUGUCUUUCAAAUGGAGAUUUUGUGGUUGGUACCAGUGAUGGAGUAGCCAGGGUUUUCACACAGAAUCCUAGCUUACAGGCCUCAAAAGAAGAAUUAAAAGCUUUUGAAGAAGAAUUAUCAAAAGCUGCACUGCCAGCAGGAGAAAUUGGUGAUCUUAAAAUUAAUGAGUUGCCAGGAAAAGAAGUUCUUUUGGAACCAGGUACACUAGAUGGACAAACAAAAAUGGUUCGAGAUGGCACAGCAGUAUCAGCCCAUCAGUGGAGUGCAGCAGAAGGAAAAUGGAUUAAGAUUGGUGAUGUUGUUGGAGCAAGUGGUAGUACUCCAUCAACAUCAGGGAAAACUUUGUUUGAGGGGGAGGAGUAUGACUAUGUGUUCUCAGUUGACAUUGAAGAGGGAAAAACUCUUAAAUUACCAUACAAUGUGACUGAAGAUCCAUGGUUAGCAGCUCAGAAGUUCAUUCAUAAACAUGAAUUAAGCCAGUAUUAUCUUGAUCAAAUAGCCAAUUUUAUAAUUAAUAACACUAAAGGUGUAAUUCUUGGAGAAACAAGCUCUCAAGUUUUUGACCCUUUCACAGGGUCUUCUAGAUAUAUUCCCAAAUCAAAUGGUUCAGGUGGAAGAGUUGAAGGAACUGAUCCUUUUACAGGUGGAGGUCGAUACGUUCCUACUGUGAAGGAUCAGGCAUGUGAGAAAAAAGAAAAUGUUUCAGGAGGAAAUUCAGUUAAUGGAAGUGGACCUUCUGGGGAUACUACUGGAACUGUCCUAAAAGCCUACUUCCCCCAGUCAAUUUAUCUACGAUUUGAUACAGCUAACAUUGAUGGUAUAAGGAAGAAAUUGGUAGAGUUUAAUGAGAAAAUUCCCUUAAGCCAACAGGUAACAGCUAGUGAGAUAGUAAGUGUACUUAACCUUAUUGAUUCAGAAGAAGAUCCUACAGAUCAACAAAUGGCAUCAUUGGAGAAAAUUAUUCACUGGCCAAAAGAAUACGUAUUUCCAGCACUAGAUAUCCUUCGCUUAGCUGUCAGGAAUUUUCCUGUGAAUCAGCGUGUUUCAGAAACAGCUGGAGUUCAAAUGUGCAAACACUUGCUCAACUUUGUACAAGAUAAUGAACCUGCUCCAAACCAAUUUCUAGCCCUUCGUACUCUGUGCAACCUUUUUUGCCACAAGCCAGGAGAAAAUAUUACCUUGAACCAACGAGAUCGUAUUUUGACUGAGAUUUUGAGCUCUGUAGAUAGUGGGAACAAAAAUAUCCAAAUAGCUCGUGCAACCCUUCUUCUCAAUUAUUCUGUUGCAUUCCACAAACAGCAUGACUUACAGGCAAAAUGCCAGUGUUUGUCUGGAGCAGCUGUUCUACUACCGACCUUUCCUGAUAAUGAGGCACGGUUUCGACUUUUGGUAACUAUAGGAACUCUUAUUUGGGGAGACUCGGAUGUUAUUGAAUAUGCUAAAUCAUUAGAUUUGCUUUCUCUUAUAGAAAAAUUUAAAAAAAUCAAAGAACCAGAGAAGAUAGAAAACUGUGCAGAAACUUUGAUUGCAGUUUUAAAAUGAAAAAUUAUUACUUUAAACAUUUUUGACAUAUGGUAUUACAUGUAUGUUUCAUUUAGCCUUCAUUGGUGUGAUAGUUGUAAAAAUAAGUACUUUUAAUUUAAUUUUAUCUGAAUAUUUUUUCAUGUCUCUUAAGUUAGAAAUGAAGGGACCCCCCCCCCCCCCUCCAGCUAAGCAAUUAUUUUAUCCUUUCCAGACAGGAAGUGCAACACUUAUAUCCCUAGAUUUCUUUCUUCUUAUAAUAGCUAUAAUUAGUUCAACUUGCAUUAAACAUAGAACAAGCUUCCCAAAUAUUACCUAGUUUUGGCUUUAAAAAAUUUAUUUUUGAGGGAUACUUUUAAAAAAAACAACAUUAAAAAUAAUUAUUUCCUUUUACUUUUUUUAAUGGUAAUCAUAGAGUACAAUUAUAUAUAUAAUCAGUUUUAACUCAGUCGACAUUCAUUCACAUUUUUAUUUUGCUAAUAGCAAUUGUCAUCAUUCUGGCUAUACUUUUAAAAAAACUACCAGAUUUAUUGGUGCCCUUUCAGACUGAUAGCAAUAUUUUUCCUAACAGUAUUCUUGAUCAAAAUAAAAAAACUUCCUUUAAAAAAAUUAUACCCUAUAUUUUUUAAACAUAAACUUAAGAAUGCUCUAUAUACAAGGAUUUGAGUCACCACAAUAUUUUAUUGUCACCUACUUACUGUACUCUCUAUACUUGAUAAGGCUUACCUGAUGUCUUUUCAGUUAUACUUGUUCGAAAGCUAAGAAAAUUUCAUUAUAACAUGAAAACGUUUUUGCAAAUGAAAAGAAGAUCUAAAGAAACAAUAAAAAAUUCACAGAUCUGUGGUUUGUUCCUAAGUCUUGUAAACUUUCCAUUACAUUCAGUUCUUAUUUUCCAAGAAACUAUAAGUUACAUCUCACAUCACUGUACAUUUAUAUUAGCAGUUUAUAAUCUGCUCUACCUAAUGGUAUUUAAACUUUGUCUGUAGCUGUUUUCUAAAGCAGAAAUACACUAAUAGUUGUUCUGAUCACGUACUGUGGGAUAGUAAAAGGGUGGGAAUGAGAGGCUAUACUAUAAAAUCUGAGAAAGAAAUAGAAAAUCAUGUAAGAAUCAAAAUUUUGAGAAAGGAUGAUAGGUUUAUAUUUGUUAAGUUACUAUGGUUUAGGAUGAGCAGAACAAUUGUAAACAAGUUAAAAGUGUGUUGUUCAUAGGCAAGGGUUCAUGGAUUUGUGAAUUACAAAAUGAUGAAAUAAUGUUUCCAGAAUAUUUUUGACUAAACAUUUCUUGAAAGAGAAUCAUUAUUUUUAUUAAAGUUUUGAAAUUUGACAAACAGGUGUGCAUUUGGUACUUGAAAAAUAUUCAACUGUCUAUAAAGGGUUAAACCAUUUGAAUUGAUGGCAUUAUUAAGCAGUCACAAGUAGCGAAUCAAGAUCAUUGAAACCAGCAACUUUAACAUUACUGUUUUGAACUGUUCAGGUAUUUACAUGGGACACUAAAUGCACAGAUAGAUACAUCGUAUCAUUUAAUUAUACUUAUGCCAAAAUUCAAUCUUUGCAAAGUUGUAUAUAGGCAUAUAAUUAUCAUGCAUAGCAAGAUACUUGUUAGUAUAGAGUAAUGAAUGAACAUUUGAUUUUCAGUUUUUUUGUUAACUUUAGUCCUAAGAAGGGUUUGAGAUUUGAUCUCUCCAGUUUUAUAACCACAGCACAAGUAAGGCAGUUUUAACGGAAAUGAAAACAGCUAGCUUCUGGAAUGAUCCUAUUAGGCAUAUAUUUAUUAUGGUGCCACACUAUCCUGUAAAAUUAGCCUAAUUAAUUAAAGCAUCUGCACAGUAAGCAAAAGUGUGAGGUCAAAUUCGCCUUUGUCAUAAUUCUUUUGCUGAAAAAACAUUCUAUACUCACAAGUUAAAUCAGCUUUUAUGUGAUGCUAAAAGUGCAUACAAGAUCUAGCACACAAAUAAAGGCAAAGACAUUAAUAGUGAAUAAUUCAUAACUUUGACAAUUAUCAAAAAUACAAUAUUUUCAUUAUAAAUCAAUUUCAUUUUUUGUGAGCAGUGUAAGAAAGUUAUUACAGUGACUCUCCACUUUCAAAUUCCUAUUGGCCAAAAUGCAAGUUAAUUUGCUAGGAAGGGAGUAGGUACUUUGACCAUUGUGUUAGUUUUUACUACUGAAACAAUUGUAUGGUAAAUGCAUGUUGUGCAUUAUGAUCAUACCAUAUUUGGAUUAAUGGUGAAAAUUUAUAUAUUUAUGUGCCUUCAAGUUUUUCUUCUGUUUUCUCUUAUAUCUGCAUGUGACAAGCCAUAAACAAGUGAGAAAUUGUAAUAUUUUCAUGUAAGGUACCUACUGUAGUGUUGCCGUAACACUGAAUUACAGAUCAUGUGUAAAUAAAGUGUAUUUUUGUUGCAGUUUACAUUACAGUAAAGUUAAAUAAACUUUGUUCAAAUCCUGU